AGAAGCCUGGGGUGGCCGGAGAGUGUCGCACACUAUCCCAAGUGGGGGCUUAGAGACACAGACAGAGGACAGGGCGGAGGCGGCCACUUGGGAGCUGGGCCCAGUAGCCAGCUGAUGAGAAGCCCCAGAGAAAGACGACAGGAUGGCGGGCUGUCCUUGCAGUGACCACCUUGUCCUGGUUUUCAUCCCAGGAGGGCCGCGGCGCUCCAGCACUCCUGAGGCCAGUUCUGUAGGUUGGAGCCAGAAGGUCAGGGAGGCCUAGUGCUUUGGGGGGGAUUUGCCAGGGGCACUAGAGGGAAAGGGGUGGUAGGCGCUUCAGGCGGGCAGAGCCUCCAGAGAUGGCGUCCCAUGUCCAAGAAGCCCCAAGUUCUCGGUGUUCCGAGCGGGCCUGGCCCUGUGAGCUCAGCACGGAGGAGGGCGGAGAAGAACUCAGCCUAGGGCAGGAGGGAGACCCACAUUUAAACAGCAAGUUCCUUUGGAAGGGGUGUGGUCAGUUCGCCCUGGAUGCCUGUCUACAUGCCAGGGUCUGGACACUGGUCGCCCAAGGGCUGGAGUUGCUGGGCACAGGGUGCAGGCUCCCUUUCUGCUAGACGUUUUCUCCCUGCUGGGGCAGGGACUUCCUGAGCAGGGGUGCCAGGCCAGCCAAGGCCGAGGAUGGGCACUGUCUCAGCCGCAGCCUCUUCGGGCAGCGCUGCCCUUUGGGGCCUGGCGAGAGGAGCACGGCCAACCAGAAGCCUAAACACAAACACCUGCCGAUCACAGCGGGGGUUAUAAGGAAGUGGAGGACGCCAGAUUUGGAAGGCCCUCCAUGCCAGGCUCUCCCUGCGCGCCUCCCAGCAGUCCUGCGGAGUGCUCUCGGGGCUGAGCUCCAGCCCUGUGGGCCCCGCUGGGGCGUUCUACGCGCCCCUCCAUAGGCUCUGAUCGGAAGCACCGCAUCGGAGGGGGACCCGGCUCCGGGAAAAGCAUACGCGCGCACUCCUCCCGGGACACAGCUGGACCUGGAGUCCCCGAGCCCUAAGCUGGUGCGCGACUCCAUCUCCGCAGCCGCGGUCCCCACCUCCGCGCUGCCGCGGAGCUGACAGCUGCGGCGGAGGAUAUGCGGACGCCCGCAAGGAGGCCGGCGGCCCACCACCUGCUGUAGCUCACAAACCCCGCCAGAGCGUCCCCGGGGACGGACCGCGCACCAUGGAGGCCCCGUAUUCGAUGACUGCGCACUACGACGAGUUCCAGGAGGUCAAGUACGUGAGCCGCUGCGGCGCGGGGGGCGCUCGGGGGGCCUCGCUGCCGCCCGGCUUCCCGCGGGGCUCCGGGCGCAGCGGCUCGGGGGCGCGCGCCGGGCUGCCGCGCUGGAACCGGCGCGAGGUGUGCCUGCUGUCGGGGCUGGUGUUCGCCGCCGGGCUCUGCGCCAUCCUGGCCGCCAUGCUGGCGCUCAAGUACCUGGGCCCCGGCGCGGCGGGCGGUGGCGCCUGUCCCGAGGGCUGCCCCGAGCGCAAGGCCUUCGCGCGCGCCGCGCGCUUUCUGUCCGCCAACCUGGACUCCAGCAUCGACCCGUGCCGGGACUUCUACUCCUUCGCGUGCGGCGGCUGGCUGCGGCGCCACGCUAUCCCCGACGACAAGCUCACCUACGGCACCAUCGCGGCCAUCGGCGAACAGAACGAGGAGCGCCUGCGGCGGCUGCUGGCGCGGCCGGCGGGGGGCCCGGGGGGCGCAGCACAGCGCAAGGUGCGCGCCUUCUUCCGCUCCUGCCUCGACAUGCGCGAGAUCGAGCGGCUCGGGCCGCGGCCCAUGCUCGAGGUCAUCGCCGACUGCGGGGGCUGGGACGCUGCGCGCUGGGACCUGAACCGGCUGCUGUACAAGGCGCAGGGCGUGUACAGCGCCGCCGCACUCUUCUCGCUCACCGUCAGCCUAGACGACAGGAACUCCUCGCGCUAUGUCAUCCGCAUUGACCAGGAUGGGCUCACCUUGCCGGAGAGGACCCUGUACCUGGCUCAGGAUGAGGAGAGUGAGAAG